AUGGGUCGUGUGAUUAGGGCACAGCGUAAAGGUGCUGCUGGUUCGGUCUUCAAGUCCCACACUCACCACCGUAAAGGUCCGGCUAAGUUCCGUAGCCUCGACUACGGCGAGCGACAUGGCUACCUCAAAGGACUAGUGACCGAGAUCAUCCACGAUCCUGGUCGUGGAGCUCCUCUUGCCCGCGUCGAGUUUCGCCAUCCUUUUCGUUACAAGAAGCAGAAGGAACUGUUCGUUGCAGCCGAAGGUAUGUAUACCGGACAGUUCCUCUACUGUGGUAAGAAAGCGACUCUUGUUGUCGGAAAUGUUCUUCCUCUUAGAUCUAUUCCCGAGGGAGCUGUUGUCUGUAACGUUGAGCUCCAUGCUGGUGACCGUGGAGCUUUCGCUAGGGCUUCUGGUGAUUACGCAAUCGUGAUUUCUCACAACGCUGAUGAUGGCAGCACUAGGAUUAAGCUGCCUUCUGGAACAAAGAAGGUGGUCCAAAGUGCGUGCAGAGCCAUGAUUGGUCAAGUUGCGGGUGGAGGAAGAACAGAGAAGCCACUUCUCAAGGCAGGAAAUGCAUACCACAAGUACCGAGUGAAGAGAAACUGCUGGCCUGUGGUUCGUGGUGUUGCAAUGAAUCCAGUGGAACAUCCACACGGAGGAGGAAACCACCAGCACAUUGGUCAUGCCAGUACCGUCAGACGGGAUAAAUCUGCUGGCGCCAAGGUUGGUCAAAUUGGUGCAAGAAGAACUGGUCGUCGUAGAGGUCAAGCUGCCGUAGCAGCAGCCAAGGCAGACUAG